GCAGAAGCGGCGGCGGCACGGACGUGUCAUGUGAUCUGCAGGUGCAUGCCGCCUAGUGAUCUUGCUCGCUGUGCUCCUUUUUUUGCCUUCGUUCUUUUCGAUGACAACGAUCAUGCUUAAGAAAAAUGUGGACACAUGACAGCCUCUCCUAGCAUUGACUGCUAUUUAAUGCAUAGACCGCGGAAGAUUCCGAGGCAGUUGGGCAGUUGCCGGAGACGUUGCAGCUAGCCGUGGCAUGUGCAUGGUCAUUGAACUUGAGCGCGGGUUUGCGUUUUCUUGUCGCGCAAAUGUUGCUUGUCACUUUAUUCGUGCUGUGAAUGAACACUCCGUCAUUGACGUGCGAUGUUAGCGUGCGCUUAUGUGGCUCGACGACUGGUUUCGUGUGAUCGUGCCGUCGGCGCCUUGAUGUGUCGCGCGCGAUGGCUAUCAAGUGACCGGCAUACGGAUGAACCGACGGCCAACGACCGGCAGGUGUGCGGCGAUGAAAGCACGUUCCAGGGGCACAUUCCUGAAGGAGAACUGGAGAUCUCCUAUAGCCGAAGCAGUGGACCAGGUGGUCAGAAUGUCAACAAAGUGAACAGCAAGGUCGAGAUUCGCUUCCAUCUUGAGACGGCCACCUGGAUACCUGCUGAGGGUCGGGAGCGACUAAAGACCCAGUGGGGCCACCUAGUGAACCGUCGCGGGCAGCUUGUGCUCAACUGCGACGAGCAGCGCAGCCAACUGGCCAACACACGCAUCUGCCUCGAUCGGUUGCGAUCCCUGGUGACCGAGGCCUGCCGCUCGCCGCCCUCCGGUCCCGACGAGGCCACCCAACACUUGCACGAGAAGAGGCGGGCUCGAGCCUCAGCCCGAAGAGUGGAGGAGAAGCGGGCCAGGUCUCAGUGGCGGCGUUUCAAGGAGCCAUCUCGCAUCCUCUAGGCCAAUGGAUCGACACUGCAAAUCGCUCAUCUGAGGAGACAAUCGAAUUGUGUGUAAAACUGCCUCUGUUGGGCAGUUUGCCUGCUGCCACUAGUCACGUUUGCAUGUGUUUCAACGUGCAGCUUUAACGCGCAGAAGUUUGCAUGGAAAUAUAGUUCCGUGGCACAAUAGCCUACUUUUGUUGUAGCAUGUUACCUGACUGCUGCUUCAGAGCUGCUGAAUGUGCAGCCAAACCUGUUGUCUGGCCAAAUAAAGCGCUACAGCCGUUGCAGAGCUUGUACCACUGUAAUGCCUCGAAGGUUGAGAGAGUGUUGCCCUCACUCUCCAGAUAGUCACACGGCAGUGUAUCACUUGCAGAGUGACAUCGAAGCUUUUGACAAAGACAGGCCCCUGUGCCGCUAUUUUAAAGGCUUUGAAUAAAGGUGUAUGCACAC